GUCACUUUAAGCAAUCAAGUAUUGAAGUAUUGUUGUUGACUGUCGUCCCAAACUUUACUCCCUCCAUAGAACAAGUAAUUACUUGAUGUUCACUAGAUGUGGCUAUAGUUAAAAUAGGAUGGAGCAAAGCGGCUCGAGGAGCCACGCCUCAGCGGCAGGGCCUUCUUCCUCGGGCGCACCGCCCGCUGCUGAGCCGCAAGACGUUGCAGCAGGCACCAGCAGCCGCUCGCCUGGGAAGGUAGCAUUUAGCGACAGAAACGACGAGUACAAGUACCGCAGUCGUUCACGAAGGGACCAUGACUCCAGCAACGAUUCAGACACCUCGAGUUCAAGCAGUUCGAGCAGCGAAAGCAGCGAUGAGCGAAGCCGACGGAAGCGCGGGGGCAAGGGGAGCAGUAGUAGCAGCGGCAGCAGCGGGGGCCGGCGGAACGGGGGCAGUCGGGACACGGACAGGGAACGGGACCGGCGGGAGUCUCGGCGGCCGGAGCCUUCAACGGACCGGCGCAAGGAAUUUCAGCGCAAAGGCGCUGAGCCCGCGGCUCCAGGCCUGGAGCACCACACCAGUAGCGCAUCCACGUACCGCGUCACAGGCUCCGCGCCUGGCAGCUACCCUGCCGCCUUGCCGCCGCCGCACCUGUACCCGCCGGGACUGGGACCAGGAAUGCUUGGCAAUGGCAUGGCUGGCGCUAUGCCGUCGCCAGUGCUCGCGCCACCCCCGGGCACCCACUUUGGGCCCUACUCCCAAGCUGGCACACCCACGAAGGCAUACACCUCACCCCGCAGCGCUCAGGGUCCGGCGCCAACGCUGCUCAUGUCCCAGCCCCAAGCGGCGGCCUACGGUGCCCCCAUGGCGCCACCGCCACAACUGCAGCACCAGCAGCAGCAGCAUCUAUCUGUGCCGCCCCCACCUGCACAGCUCCCGCCGGGGACCUUCGCCGGCGCAUCAACACUGCUAGACCCCAUGCACGCACUGUCUUUACAAGCAGGCAUGCAUCCCCACCAGCACCAGCAGCUGCUACAGCUGCCGCCGCUGCCACACAAUGCGCUCCAGCCGCUGGCGUCAAACGGGAUUGUGACGGGCCCUGGCGGCCAGCCACUGAGCCUCCUGUACGACGACACCACGCAAGAGGUGGUGUAUGCGGAUGACGUCAUGGCACGGGAGCUGGCCAAGCAGGGCCACGCGCUACUGCCUCUGGGUGACGCCUACCGCGGCAAGCUGGCGGCGCUGCAGGCGGCCGUCAACGGGCAGCUGCUGGCCAAGCGGGAGGCGCUGCUGCAGCAGCACGCGCGGCUGGCGGCGCGGGCGGGCGAGGUGGCGGCGGCGCGGGCUGGGCUGGAGCGGGAUGUGGCGGCUCUGGCCGAGGACAUGCUGGGCAAGGUGCGAUCCGCCGAGUCGCUCAAGCAGGCGCUGCUGGGGCGCGAGCAGGCCGAGGUGGACGCGCAGCUGGACGCCAUUGGGCGGCUGCUGAACGACAUCGUGUCCGCCUCCGCCGCCGGGCCGGCAGACUUCCUCAAUGCCUACAGGCGCCUGGCCGACGCCUGCGACCGCCUGGUGGCGCGGCCCUUCAAGUCCGAGGUGGACGUGGCCGCUGACGACCUGCCCUCCGAGGCGGGCGUGUACCGGCAGCUGGCGGAGGCGCACGGCGCGCUGGCCAAGCUGCUAGCAGUGAAGGACCAGAUGAUCGCACACCUGCUGCAAGAGCGAGAGGCCAUGCAAGAGGAGCUGUCGCAGGUGGUGGAGCGCUACGGCUCGGAGCUGACGGCGCUGGAGGCGCAGGCGGAGGGCUACUACCGCCGCCUGCAGGCGCUGGGGGCGGCGGAGGCGGAAGGCGGGGAGGGGGCGACAGCAGGCGCCGAUGGGGCCAGCAGCCGGCGGGGCACGCACGGCGGCUGAGGGAGGGAGGGAGGGAGGGAGGGAGGGAGGGAGGGAGGGAGGGAGGGAGGGAGGGAGGGAGGGAGGGAGGGAGGGAGGGAGGGAGGGAGGGAGGGAGGGAGGGAGGGAGGGAGGGAGGGAGGAGAGCUGCGGUCGAGAGGGGACUGAGCCUGGCGCCAGUUGCGGGUCCUGGCGCCCACACACCUUGAAGAAUCACGUCCUAUGAGCAGCGAUAUUGACAAAAUGUGUGCAUGAACUUUCACUGAGGUUGCAGUCGUGUCAGGUCUUGUAUGAGUGAAGAAGGCCACCUGCUGGAGGCGUGUGCCCCGCACGAUUGUGUUUUGCGGCGUCCACCUCAGACUCA